AAUAAUCAAUGGAGAAAGAGAAACAAAAAUUAAAGGUACUCCUAUUGAAUAUAGUAAUCUAUAUGAACGAUGUUGGAAAUAUGAACCCGAUGAACGUCCAAGCAUACAAGAUGUUGUUUCAACUCUUAAAACGGUUAUUUCAAAACAAAGUGAGAUAGAAG